CAAAUCACCGAGGACUAACACCCCGAGAGUUUCGAGCUUUCCCAAUACAUUUCCAUCUUCAAAACCAUGGCUUCUUAAACCCUAAUUAUCUUCUCCUUCUUUCUGUCCUCUACCGUUGGAAUUUCCAGGGUUUCUCACCGAAAAUUCCAAAUCAUGUGGUACUUAAACUACAUUUUAAGAACAUCUAGAAACCCUAGAAUUUUAUCUCUAAAAGACUCUUCUUUUCUAGGUUAUUUAUCACAAUCAAGAAACCCUAAUUCUUCAAUUCCAAAUGAACGAUCUUGGAAUAAUCGUUUUGCAUCUACAUCAACUGAAGAAGUAAACCCUAGUGAAAGAGUAAUAUCGCUUGUCGAUGAAAUCAGUGAUCUUACAUUACUUGAAGUUGCAGAUCUAACAGAAGUAUUGAGGAAGAAAUUGAAUAUAAAUGAAAUGCCAAUCAUGAUUACGAUGACGCCAGGAAUGGGGAUUGGUGGUAAAGUUGGUGGGGGUGUAGGAGGAGCUACAAAAGGGGGAGAAGAGAAAAAAGCUGCUGAAAAAACUGCAUUUGAUUUAAAGCUUGAAGGGUUUGAUGCUGCUGGAAAGAUUAAGAUUAUUAAAGAAGUUAGAACUUUUACUGAUUUGGGUUUGAAAGAAGCUAAAGAAUUGGUUGAAAAGGCUCCAACUUUGUUAAAGAAAGGAGUAACUAAGGAAGAAGCAGAGAAGAUUAUCGAGAAGAUGACAGCUGUUGGUGCUAAAGUUACAAUGGAAUAAUAAGGUAUUUUGUUUGUCUUCUCUGUUGUAAUUCAUUAGGAAGUUUUUAUUUUUGGGUUGAACAUGAGGUUUUAUUUGGAUUAGUUUUUAGUUUUACAUGUUACGCUUAUUUACGAUUGUUUCACACUGAGAAUCAUUGGUAUCGAAUAAUGCUUGAAAGUCUGCAAUUGUCAGAGUUAUGAGUAUAAAUAGAGCAAUUAACCAUGGAAUUAGUUUUGCAAGAAUGUAUGAGCUAUUGAGCAUGUAAGUUGUAGCAAUAUUCUGGUCCCUAGUUUUGGAAAAAAUGUUGUUUCACGACU